AUUAAUUUGUAUAACGACAAGAAAUUGCAUUAAUACACGGCACAGCGAGAACAAAAUGUCAAUAAUGUUAAUGACUGCGUUUUAUUUUAUAUUUAUUGGAGCACAUAUCAUCAAUGUUAUGUCCUUCAACCCAAUGUUAACAUACACUAUACGUUUUAAAAAAUUCGAGGUAAAACCUAACAUCACUGUUGAUUAUUAUUCGAUCGAUCGAUAUAAAGAUGUACAAUAUAUAAAUGGAAAAAUUACAAUCAAUUCGAAAGAACUGAUAAACAAAGUUAUUGCAACCUUUUAUCGUUGUGAUCCAGAGGGUAUUAACUGUGAAUAUUUCCAAUCGUGGUCAUUAACAGGUCUUUGUAAUAAAUUACAUCAAAAGAAUCAAGUAUGGUCUCGAUGGUACGAUUCGUUUGAACCACCGAUGGACUGUCCUAUAGAUAAAGUAAGAAAGUAA